AUGGCGACGGCGACGAACGCGCCGUGGACGAUCGAUCGAUACGGUGGGAUCAUCGUCGAUAACGCGCACGAUGCGUUCGUGAGGGCGGCGCGCACGCCGGAGGCGUUCGACGCGACGCUGGGAGGGUGGUUGGCGACGUGGCGCGCGAGCGGCGCGCGAGGGGUGUGGCUGAAGCUCGCGCUCGACGACGCGCGGUUGGUUCCGGUGGCGAAGGAGCGCGGAUUUGAGUUUCAUCACGCCGAAAGAACGUAUGUGAUGAUGACGACGUGGUUGCCGAGCGAUGAGGCGUCGACGAUACCGAAUAAUGCGUCGCAUCAGGUUGGCGUCGGGGCGUUUGUGUACGACGGCGAAAACGAAAAGGUGCUCCUCGUGCAGGAACGACGAGGUCCGGCGAGCGGGAGAGAUCUGUGGAAGAUGCCGACGGGGUUGUUGGAGGCUGGGGAGGACAUUCCCGACGCGGCGGUGCGGGAAGUGUUGGAGGAGACUGGGAUCGAGACGACGUUCGACGCCGUCGUGGGGUGUCGACACGGCCACUUUGGGUUGUUUGGCAAAUCUGAUUUAUUCUUUUGCGUCGGCCUGCGCGUCAAGGAUGGAGCGUCGAGGGAGAUUAAGAUUCAGGAAACAGAGAUCGAGCGCGCGAAGUGGGCGAGCGUGGACGAGUUCUUGAAUAAUCCAAACAUCGAGCCGGGUUCGCACGCGCACGCGCUCCACGAGCGGUGCGUCCGAUGGAGCGUCGGCGAUUACGCGGGCAUCGUGGGUAAAAAACUACCCCUAGGAUUCGGGCGAUCGGGAGACGUGUACACGUACGUCACCACGGAAACAUAGCUGAUUUUGAUUGAUUCAUUGCUUUCGUGACUCUCGAGUUACUCUCGACGCUCGCUCGCUGGGCGACCCAGCCUUCGCCGCAGUGCGCGCCUCGCUCGAACUCGUGACGCAGCCUCGCGCGACCGCGCCGAGACAUCAAUCAGAUGUCGUGCGCGUCCGCGUCCCGAACUCGCGGUGCGUGCGAACCCCAACGCCAACCUCAACGGCCCUCGUCCGAGCGAAAUCGCCACGCCGUCGUCGCGCGCGCGAAGAAGAGCAAGAAAGACGUGCAAAUGUCCGAAGCGGCGUGGUUUUUGGAUCAGUUCAAGUACCAACAGCGAUACAAGGCGGAUACCAACGUGUUCAGCAUGCCGACGAGCGAGCUGCCGGGCGGGGACAAGCUCACGCCCGAGGGCGCGGCGGUGGGGGUUUUGUUUGGAUUGCUCGGUGUGUGGUUCGCGGUCGUUGGGGUGAAGCUGAUAAGCGUGACGUGGGCGUUGAUUUUUACGACGCUCAAGUACAGCGCGAUCGCGGGCGUGUUGGUGCUACUGGGAAUACUAGCGAGUUAGGGUGAGCACCGCGCGAAGACCCAGCGGUUGUAAUUCUUUUCUUUUAGCUUGAAUGCGUUCGUCCAAGCGCGCGUCGUCGUGGUCGUCGUCGUAAUCGCUCACGUCAUCAAGAUCGUUUCGUUUACGUCUCUAAACUCAAGCGUAAGGCAUCGAUCUCGGCGAUGUUUCGCGAUUUUGCGUCGGCGAGCGCGGCGGUGAGCGCUCGAUACAUGGUGAGUUCGGACACCGCGGCGAGGAGCGCUCGCUCGACGGCCGAGAGCUUGGAUUUCGCUCGAUUGAGCGACGACGCAGUUUCGAUCGCUUCGUCUGCAUUUUCGGCGAUGACCGCUCGCAAACGUUCAAUCUCUCGAUCGAUGUCUUGACAUCUCAGUCGACGCCUCGCGAGCUCGCGCUCUUGAUCUUGAAUUCUCGAUCCCACGCUCGCAAGCUUAUCGUUGAAAACGUCCACGUCAACGUCGUUUUCUUGCUCACCCUUCGGACCAUGAAUUAAUCGCCACCGCGUGUGCUCGUUCGGA